AUGCGCCGUCUUGCGAGCGCCAACGAAAUGGCAUCUCCGUUCGAUCUUCACCUUCUCGACAUCUACGCGGGCCGCGCACCUGACGGCCUCGCGUUCUUUGAAGGCCAUGGCUACUUCGACGUCAGCGACAAUGCCAACACCGUUCAAAUGUUCCGCGAGAACGUGGGCCUGGACGAGUUUUGGGAUGACCGCGAAGACUUCGACACCUUCGACCCGAUCCAGAGAGCUACCGUGUACCCGUUCGGCACGCAGAGCAAAGUGCCAAGCAGCCGCAUGCGAAGUGAAAUGCAUCGCACCGACUCGGGGCGAUUCACACUGCUGGAUGAAGACGGGAACCCCGUGACCGAGGACGAUCUGUUGGAGAUGGAGCGAGAAGACCGUCUGAAGGUGAAAAGUUUGGAGCUCGAUGACGACGACGUGGCUGAGCUCGAGAAAGAACUGGUCUGCAUGAACCAAGCGAUUGAGGUAAUCCGGGUGGAGAAGUACCGAUUCCAGCGAGUUCUCUACCGAGCGCUCUACCAAGAAAACUCCGAUGGCAGCCCAACACCAGAUGAAGAGGACAUUGACCCCAAGAUCAUUGAUCUCCCGCCCAUUCCGCCUCCGGUGGCGCUUCUAGAUCUGCCUCCGUACAGCGGCAACUUGUUUGUGCUACGCGAGUCGAUUGCGCUGCUCCGACGCAGUUGGAGCAAGCGCUGGUGCACGCUGGACUUCCAGGCCUUCAUCGUUCGAAUGUACAAGCGCAGCUACUGGCGGAGUCCGCGUGGCGAGUUGGAUCUGCGCUCGGCUACGAAAGUCGAGAUGAUGGGGCAUGGAGGCUUCCGCAUCGAGUUCAGGAGCGGCAACAUGCUGCUCUUGCGGUCGAGGAACGAACAAGAUGCAGCGAGCUGGGUGCAGCUACUGCGCUUCGCCACGCAGAUGAUGCGCGGCAAAGCCCUGCGCUGCCCAGAUAUCUCCCGACUCACCUACAGCUAA